CGAUUUAUAUCUCCCGACCAAAGAGGCCUGGAUCGGAUAUGAAAUAUCGUGAACACAUUGUUCACAUUGACGUGGAAACAAUUCGGCGUCAAUGUGUACGUCACUCUGCAGUAAGCGGUGUGAACAUAGCCAAAACACUCACGAGAUUAGGGAAGCGUUUCGAAAUGGAAGCAAAAAUGAACCAACUCUGCGUCUUUAACUUCGGUGUCGACCUGGACGGGGCAGAAACAAACAUGGAGGACCACAAAGGAGCUUUGAGAAUAUCUUUACAUAGUAAAAGAGCUUUGGGAAAUGACCGAAUGAUGAGGGGAAACCUCCAAAGGAGCAGGGCCACACAGGUUCCAUCUAUGAACCCUCAGCGCUUCCGCUGACAGCCAAAUAUACAUUCUAAAAUAGAUAUUGUGAUGAAAACGACAUAUAAUGAGCGGAGAGCACGUCAUCCAUACACAAAGUUGCGCAAGUCUCACUCGACAUCCCGGUGGCGGCCAUAUUGCCUGCAACGUCAUUUGCGGAUAUCACGCUGGGACGGUCGCCAUUGAGAAGAUGCUGUGCCACCUGCUAUGGGAUGGAGAUCUUUUGUUACGUUCUGAGAAAAGGAUUACAUCUUCAGACGCGGACGGAGCUUUUAAUUCAUCCUGCUGCUAUCGGACAAGUUGUUCGAGUUUGGUCUCAGCGGCCCUUGGAAGGAAUCCAAGCUAUGGAACAUCUGGAGGCUGUUUGUCAAGGAAGUGGGAAGAUCUCGGGAGGAGCUACCUGUGCUGGUAUGUGUGAGGCUGCGUCUGCCUCACAGUUCGGAAGACCUGGGUUCAAAUCCAGCGGCGCUUUUUGGAGUUUUCCUGUUCUUUCCAUGGCUGAGUGGGUUCCCUGCAGGUAUCCUUGGCGCUCUCUCAUUGGUCUCCUUUGGUCCGCCGGAUGUUGGCCCGACUCCUCCCCUGCAGACUCGCGUGCUGGCUCCUCUUGGUGGUGGUUUCCUGACAGUAGUUUUUCCACCAACUGCCUCCGAGUCCUGUCGUCUCCGCAUCCUCCUUGCAGUUAGCACCGUCUGUUCUAAAACAUUCCAUUCUUGCACCACAUACCCUGUUUCGUUCCACCAGUCACACGCUCAGCACUUUACAGUCUCACACUUUCAUACACAGGAAGUAGCAACAUCUAAUGAACUACUCAAACACUUAUAUUCCUUUAAUCCAAAUCUCUCCAGGAAGCCUCAUGACAACUAAAUGUGGCACAACACGGAUUCACACCAUUGCCCCAUCUUUACUUACUCAUGACAGGAUUACAUUACAAUAAUUUGUAUGCAUUAGCUUGUCUUUUUGUUAGCAGAUUUGGAGGGAAAAUGACAGACGCCCGAGCGCAGAUCUGCACUGAUGCACUGUUGCUGGUUUUUCAUCAGCCCACACCUCUUGACAAAGUCUCGUGAAAAGCAACUGUUAUAGCUUUUGCAAUAAAUCAUAACAUGACCACAUUAGUAUCAAACUUUUAGCUUGUCUGUUUGUAGACAGAUUUGGACAAAAAGGGAUGAUCGAUCCAACUCCACACCUGCAUUGCUUUUUCCUUGGCCCAUGCCCAAAAUGAACGCUAACAUAACGUGAUAACAUUCACGUCUAAUUAUUAAUUUGUCUGUUUCUAGAAACGCUCCGGAAAUUUUAUUUGGUUGCCCGAGUGCAGCCCUGCAAUGUAAUAAAUUGCCUUCCCUUGGCUCAUUUCCAUACCAAGAGAUAAGAUAAUCUUGUGAAAACUUAACUUGCAACACGAUGACACGAUUUAAAAAAUAUGACCUUGUCUGUGUGUUGCUAAACAGGUUUCAACAAAAAAAGACUUUCGCCGCCCAAGCGCAGACCUGGGCUUCUUCCCGAGCCAUGACACGAUCUUUCCGCCUUGAGCUCAUUUGUAACGUGAUGGCGUUCAGCUAGAACUUUUCACUUGUCUGUUUCUGAAACAAGUUUCUUGUACCUGCACCGCGACGACUUUUUUUUUUUUUUGCAUGGCCCAUUCUUGACUUCUGAAAAAUAUAAACAUCCAUCCAUUAAAAAAAAAAGAGUUCCGUUUUACGAUGUUUUUGCGUGGGCUUUUGAGAACAUUCUGGUAUUUGUGGGGGCGUUACUGCCUGUUAUUGUUACCAAUCAUUUCGGGCACGAGGCCAAUAAUAACACGUGGGAACGAUGAACCGAUGGGAAUCCGUGUUCCGUAGCGCAUUCAAAACAAAACCAAAAAAAUCGACUGCAACUCAUUUUUUAGGAACCGCAACACACUGAAUGGAAAAAAAGAAGUUUCGAUUGCGACAAUACUCCAACUUCAUUUAGGACAGCAAAAGGUAAAAAAGUAAACAUGAUAAACAGGUUCUUCACAAAACUGAAAAUUUCCCUACGUAGGAAGAUGUUUAGGUAGCUACCUAACAAUGUUUGAACCAACCCUAUUAAUUGACUGUUUAUUGUUCUUCGUUCUCGUGUAUUUGUUCUUCUCCGUACCCAACAUGAAUGUUACUCUACGAAUGUUAGCCUACAAGGCUAUUCGGCUGAUUCUGAUUAGCUUGCAUAAACCAGGCUAAAAUAGCUAACUAGUAAACUUUGCAGACAUACAAUAGAAUAACAAAGCAAACAACAAACAAACAAAAGAUUAAUAAAUAGCUAGAUAGAUACUAAACAGAAGCACA